UCGAGCCAGACAAACCAAGUCUUCCUCCCAUCAACACCACAUCUAGCUGAAGAUGAAGACUGCACACACGCUGCUCCUGGCAGUCGCCUUCCUCGUGCUGGCAUCAGAGGCUGCAGUGAAGGCGGACGUCUGUACAGGGUCACUUCACAAGACGCCGCUACCAUGUGAUCAGGCAGGUUGCCUGCACAUUUGCCGCGAGCAUGUGAAUGGGCAAGGGCACGCGUGCCCUCAAUGCAAUUGGAGUGCUAGUUGCAACUAUAAUGGAUUAUGCGAGUGUGAUGUCUGCCUUCCUCCUCCUUCUGCUCCUAUCCAACACCAACAGAGCGACUGAUAUAUACUAGUACCAGCUUUCUGAGAUGGGGAUAGGAUAGUUGGUUCUCUGUAAUAAGAACGAUACCGUCGUAUGGUGUAUCGGUUGUGAUAUACUCAUUGUAGAAUGCAUGCGAAUUUGAUAUC